AUGAAGCGACGGAAGAGAUCGUCGGUCUUCACGCCUGCGAAGGUGUCCCUUGUCUGUGCAGUCACAUGCACCCUGGUCUAUCUGCGUAUCAGCCGCAGCUCACACGCGCAAAGCUCGACUGCACACUCACUCAGCCUGCCUUUGAGCCCCCCGUCCUUUCCUCCUCUGCCAGCGCUUCAAGACCCGUGCAAGAAAUGGCCGCAAGACCCGCAGACAGCAUGUAACAAUUGCAGUCUUAAGAUUUAUGUCUAUGACCUUCCCGAACAUCUCCGUCUCGGUCGAGCCCAAGAGGACAAAUGCCGCUGGUCGGCCUAUUCUUCAGAGCUUCACCUCACCCACAUGCUGGCAUCAACUCCAGCUGCACGCUACGUCACUCACGAUCCAAGUGAAGCCAACUUCUUCCUCGUGCCACUCUUUCCUGCCUGCUACUUGUUUCACUGCUGGGAUACGGCAGGCUGGAACAGAGACUUGCGCUGCAAUGUCGACGAAAAGCUCAUACAGCCGGCGAUGGCUUACAUUCAAUCUCAGCCGAGUUGGCAACGACACAGCGGCAGAGAUCACGUCAUGUUUCAUCCUAUGGACUUUGGCGAUACGUACUACUCUACAGACUCUCGUGUGAUGAUGCGCCAGAUGUCAUACUUCGUCACGAAUGGCGAUGCACGUACGAACGGGACAAUCUAUCGGCCGCGCAAAGACGUCGUCAUCCCGUCAGCCACAUACCUACUUCACUCGUAUCGCUAUCAUCCGCGUGACUAUCUAGACGAGCAUGGCCACCCUCUGAGUCAGAUGCCCAAGCGACCGAAAGAUGGCACAGCCGUGUCUGAUCAUGUGAAUAUCUACGAGCCGACUCGCGCACGCAAGUGGUUUGCAAGCAAACGAGAUCCUACCGGUCGCACAAUAUUGGCGUACUUUCGUGGACUGGGUGCUGACGUCCAGCCGGAUGAUGAGUAUUCGCUCGGUGUCAGAUCGCUCUUCUACGGGCGAAAGGGCUCGCACGAUGGCUUUGCCAGCUUACCGGGAUUCGAUGUCAGCGUCGAAUCCGAGAAUGCAGAGUAUGCUGUCGAACUGGCCCAUGCUCGAUAUGGGCUCACACCGCCGGGUCACACGCUUGACUCUACGCGCAUAUGGGAAUAUCUCGCCUUUGGCGUCGUGCCCGUCAUCAUCGGCGCAGACGGCCUCGUUCUGCCGUUCGCUCAGCAUCUGCCUUGGUCCGAGAUGACGCGAGCAUCACUCUGGAGGAAUACGAACGCAAACGGCAGCUAG